UUAACCAACUCAUCAAGUUCCCCAACAAACAACAUGUAUGCUUCUACUUCCUUUACUUCACAAUUGGUACAUGAGCUUCUUGUUGACUCUCACACAAGAAGGCUACUCUUCCAAAACCUUGUUGAUCAUCAAUCACUAACCAACUCUCCUGUUUUAACAAAUAACCAUAAUUCAACACACUCACAUUUCGGAGCUCGUGAAUUUGAUGCAAAUGUUGUGAUGAUAGUUGCAGUUCUAUUGUGUGCGCUUGUAUGUUCACUUGUAUUAAACUCUAUCAUAAGGUGUGCCUUGAGGUUUUCAAACGUAGCCAUCAACAACGCCUCUUCUUCGAGUUCGAGCAGUAACUCUUCACCUCAAUCGGUGAACAUAGGAAUCAAGAAGAAAGCUCUCAAGACAUUCCCAAUAGUGAGUUAUUCAACUGAGAUGAAAUUACCGUGUUUGGAUACAGAGUGUGUGAUAUGUAUCUAUGACUUUACAAAGGGUGAAAAGGUGCGCGUAUUACCUAAAUGCAACCAUGGUUUUCAUGUUCGUUGCAUUGACAAAUGGCUAAAGGAACACUCAUCGUGUCCAAAGUGCAGACAAUGUCUUCUUGAAACAUGUAGAAAGGUUGGUGAGUCGCAGGUGCAACCAAUUGUGCUGUCAGUGCCAGAAAUUAUUAUACAGAUUCAACCACUAGACCAUGAAACUGUUGAACGUAACUAUAGGGAAGAAAGCAGAUAAUUGUUCAUUGUAGUUUGAAAGUUUUAGUUGCUUCAGGUUGACCUCAGUUGUAAAUGUAAAGUAGUUAAAAUUU